AAUAACACGUGACAAAUUUCCAAGUACCAAGUCCCAUAAUCAUUGAUCUCUGUGAUUGUGUCCUGUGUCCACUGUCCGUCUGUCCAUAUUAUARCUGUAACGUUACAACCUUAUAACGUAAUAUUAAUUUGUUUCGUUUGUACUAAAUUCUUUGAAAUUUUAAAUCGUAAAAUGGCAUCAUUUGAAGUCGAAUACAACGAUAAUAAUAAAAAGCGUAAAAACAAAAAUGUUGAAAAAAGUAAAAAAAAAAAAAAACUUCCAGAAGUCGCUGAAAUAAAUGAAGGUUUAGAAACUGAAGAUGCAGUAGAAAUAAAAAUUCCUGAAAAAGUCAAGGUAACAAUCGACAAUAGUAUUGAUACUUCAAGAACCACUGAAGUCAAUAACAAGGUUAAGCCGUCAAAAGUACGACAGUUGCCUACUGUCACCAUAGCCGUCCCUGGAUCAAUUUUAGAUAAUGCACAGUCUCCGGAAUUCAGAACAUACUUGGCGGGACAAAUUGCAAGAGCAGCGUGCAUUUACAAAAUUGAUGAGAUCGUAGUUUUUGAUGAUGUAGGCGAACAGACUAAUGUGAUGAUAUCCAACAAAAAAACUGAAGGUGGUUCUAAGGCAUGUAAACAAUUAGCUAUAAUCUUACAAUACUUGGAAUGCCCACAAUAUUUAAGAAGAAUUUUAUUUCCAAUUCACAACUUUUUAAAAUACACUGGAGUAUUGAAUCCUCUAGAUGCACCACAUCAUUUUAGGCAAGAAGACAAUGUUCCAUACCGAGAAGGCGUGGUCUCGACACUUCCGCCAAAAAAAGGUAAAGGCUGUAAUGUUGACGUUGGUCUUAGAAAACAUGUACUAGUUGAUAAAUGUCUUCAGCCAUAUGUACGAGUUACUGUUAAACUAAUUCCAAAUUCAGAUGAUUCUAAACGUCAAAAAGGUAUUGUAGUAGCUCCAAGUACGCCCAAAAAUGAAUCUGGUAUUUACUGGGGUUACACAGUAAGGAAUGCUGAAUCAAUAAAUGAAGUAUUUACCAAGUGCCCAUAUCCUGGUGGAUAUGAUUUGAAAAUUGGUACAUCUGAUAAAGGCAUAGAUAUCGAUAAAACAGAUCAUACUCAACUUAGUAAUUUCAAGCAUGCAUUGAUAUGUUUUGGAGGAGUUCAUGGACUUGAAGCUGCAUUAGAAGCUGAUCAAAGCAUUGAUGAAGAAAAUCCAUCUACUUUAUUCAACAUUUAUUUAAAUACAUGUCCAAAUCAAGGUUCUAGAACUAUUAGAACUGAAGAAGCUGUUUUGAUAACAUUAGCAGAAUUACGUUCAAAAAUGAAACUUGAAUAAAUUCUAUAUAUUCAUAAUA